UCCUGGCUUAUAAAGAGUCCCGGAACCCGUUUGCGGCUCCCACGUCCGACUGUUUUGUCCCGACCUUGUUUUUGCUUCGCGCGCGAGCCAUGUCUCUGGGGGGUGAAGUGUGCGUGGUGACGGGAGCGUGUGGCUUCCUGGGAGAGAGGCUGAUCAGGACCAUCUUGGACCAGGAAAAGGUGGCCGAGAUCCGACUGCUGGACAUGAAGGUCCAAACUCAACUGCUGCAAAGUCUGGACGACUGCAGAGGCGACACCAAGCUCAGCGUGUUCGAGGGCGACAUCCGGGAUGCCGACUUCCUGAGGAGAGCCUGUCGGGGGGCGUCGCUGGUCUUCCACAUCGCCGCCAUUAUCGACGUGAUCAACGCGGUGCACCCCGACGAGAUCUACAGCGUCAACGUCAAAGGAACACAACUGCUUCUGGAGGCGUGCCUUCAAGAGAGCGUGGCGUCCUUCAUCUACACCAGCACCAUCGAGGUGAUGGGCCCCAACCCCGAAGGCGAGCCUGUUGUCAACGGCGACGAGGACCUGGUCUACAAAAGCUCCCUCAAGUUCGCCUACAGCAAGACCAAAAAGGAGGGGGAGGACAUAAGUCUGCAGGCCAACGGCGAGCUGCUCCACAACGGGGGGCGGCUGGCCACCUGCGCCCUGAGGCCCAUGUUCAUCUACGGCGAGGGCAGCCGCUUCCUGCUGGGCCACAUGGUGGACGGUCUGAGGAACAAGGACGUGCUCUACAGGACCUCGCUCCCCGAGGCCAAGGUCAACCCCGUCUACGUCGGCAACGUGGCCGCCGCCCACCUCCAAGCCGCCCGCAGCCUCAAAGAGCCGGGGCGGAGAAGCGAGGUCGGGGGACGGUUCUACUACGUGUCCGACGACACGCCGCACGUCAGCUACUCGGACUUCAACCACGUCCUGAUGGCGCCGCUGGGCUUCCGCAUCCAGGACCGCCUCAUGGUGCCGCUGCGCUUCUUCUACCUGGUCUGCUUCAUCAUGGAGGUGGCGUGCAUGCUGCUGCGGCCCUUCUACCGCCUGGUGCCGCCCAUAAACCGCCAGCUGCUCACCAUGCUCAACACGCCCUUCAGCUUCUCCUACCUGAGAGCCAGCAGAGAGCUGGGCUACACGCCCAGGUACACCUGGCAGGAGGCGCGCAUCAACACCAUCCAGUGGCUCGCCGAGCAGCUGCCCAAGGAAAGAGAAAAACUCUGGAAGAAAUGAAUGCGGACCAUUCGGAAAAGCAGGGGGGGGUCCAAACUUUUCCACUCAAAUAGGAGGGGGAUUUGCCUGACACAUGAAACGUGACAAAAACACACUUUCGCCACCAGAUGGCAGUAGUGCUGAAUAUUUUAAAAUGAGCACAGCUUUUAGCACAGUUGCGAUGCAGAGUGGCAUUUUCCAUCAUUUUCAGCAGACUGCAUUGCAAAAUGAUUAACCCCCACUUUUCCUCUCAUCCACCCAAAAAUAGGGCAAUAUGAAUCCCUUCCCUACUGUACACUGAAUAUGAAAGCAUGCAGUGGCCAUUUUCAUUAUUUUUAUUAUCAAAACCAAUCAAAUCUCUUCAUAUUUUGUUUUUACCGUGAGGGCCCCCGGGACCCAAAAGGGUCCCACUCGUAAAAAUGUUGAAAAGAAGUAUUUUUUAAAAUUAUAAUUCAACACUUACAGUAAAUAUGUAGAUCAACUUCAGGUCUAUCCGCCGAUACAAAGUUAAAACAUUUUUUUAAUGUUUUAUGCCCUUUUUGUCAAAGAAAACUUAUGGAAAACACACAAAAUAUGCAAUAAUUUCCCUCAAAAAAAUGUUAAGUGAAUAUUUGAUGUGAAGUAAUUGGAGCCUUAAAUAGGUCAAUAAUUCAUAGCAACAUUGAUUUGGAUUAAUUUAUAGUUUUGGAGCAAUGACAGUUUAAAAAAAAAAUCACACAAACUAUUGGGGAUUCAAAAAGGUCCCACUCAAACAUUUUAAAAACAAGUCUUUUUUUUUUUUUUGUAUUAUUAUUUCAACGCUUACGGUAAAUCUGUAAUCAACUUCAGUUCUAUCUGUCGAUACAAAGUUAAAACAUUUUAUUUUUAGAUUUAUGCACUUUUUGUCAAAGAAAACAGUUUUUUUUAUGGCAGAAACACAAAAUAUGCAAAAUUUCCUCCCCCAAAAAAUGUAAAGUGAAUAUUUGAUGUGAAGUAAUUGGAGCCCUAAAUAGGUCAAUAAUUCAUAACAACAUUUAUUUGGAUUCAUUUAUAGUUUUGGAGCAAUGACAAUUUAAAAAAAAUCACACUAAAACUAUAGGGGAUUCAAAAAGGUCCCACUCAAACAUUUUAAAAACAAGUCUUUUUUUUUUUUUGUAUUAUUAUUUCAACGCUUACGGUAAAUCUGUAAAUCAACUUCAGUUCUAUCUGUCGAUACAAAGUUAAAACAUUUUAUUUUUAGAUUUAUGCACUUUUUGGCAAAGAAAACACAGUUUUUCAUGGAAAAAACACAAUAUAUGCAAAAUUUUCCCCAAAAAAAUGUAUAAGUCAAUAUUUGAUGUGAAGUAAUUGGAGCCUUAAAUAGAUCAAUAAUUCAUAAAAUAUUGAUCUGCAUUAAUUAUUAUUUUUUGGAGCAAUGACAGUUUAAAAAAUAAAUAAAAAUCACACAAAAAUUCUUGGGGAUCCAAAAGGGUCCCACUCAUAAAAAUGUUAAAAACAAGUAUUUUUUUAAUUAUUAAUAUUUUUUUCAGCGCUCACAGUAAAUCUGCAGAUCAACUUGAAAGUUAAAACAUUUUUUCAAUGUCUGAUGCCCUUUUUGUCAAUGAAAACCCUGUUUUUUUUAUGGCAGAAACACAAAAUAUGCCAAAUUUCCUUCCCCCCUAAAAAUGUAAAGUGAAUAUUUGAUGUGAAGUAAUUGGAGCCCUAAAUAGGUCAAUAAUUCAUAACAACAUUUAUUUGGAUUCAUUUAUAGUUUUGGAGCAAUGACAAUUUAAAAAAAAAUCACACUAAAACUAUAGGGGAUUCAAAAAGGUCCCACUCAAACAUUUUAAAAACAAGUCUUUUUUUUUUUUUUGUAUUAUUAUUUCAACGCUUACGGUAAAUCUGUAAAUCGACUUCAGUUCUAUCUGUCGAUACAAAGUUAAAACAUUUUAUUUUUAGAUUUAUGCACUUUUUGGCAAAGAAAACACAGAUUUUCAUGGAAAAAACACAAUAUAUGCAAAAUUUCCUCCCCCAAAAAAUGUAUAAGUCAAUAUUUGAUGUGAAGUAAUUGGAGCCCUAAAUAGGUCAAUAAUUCAUCAUAACAUUGAUUUUGAUUCAUUAUUAUUUUUGGAGCAGAAAUAAUUUAAAAAAAAUCGCACUAUAAUUCUUGGGGAUCCAAAAGGGUCCCACUCAUAAAAAUGUUAAAAACAAGUUUUUUUUUUUUAUUAUUCAUAUUUUUUCAACGCUCACAGUAUAUCUGUAGAUCAACUUGAAAGUUAAAACAUUUUUUCAAUGUUUUAUGCCCUUUUUGUCCAAGAAAACCCUGUUUUUUUUAAUGGCAGAAACACAAAAUAUGCAAAAUGUCCUCCCCCAAAAAAUGUAAAGUGAAUAUUUGAUGUGAAGUAAUUGGAGCCCUAAAUAGGUCAAUAAUUCAUCAUAACAUUGAUUUUGAUUCAUUAUUAUUUUUGGAGCAGUGAUAGUUUAAAAAAAAUCACACUAUAAUUCUUGGGGAUCCAAAAGGGUCCCACUCAUAAAAAUGUUAAAACAAGUAUUUUUUUUAAUUAUUAUUCAUAUUUUUUUAACGCUCACAGUAAAUCUGCAGAUCAACUUGAAAGUUAAAACAUUUUUUCAAUGUUUUAUGCCCUUUUUGUCAAAGAAACCCCUGUUUUUUUAUGGCAGAAACACAAAAUAUGCCAAAUUCCCUUCGCCCCAGAAAAUGUAAAGUGAAUAUUUGAUGUGAAUUAAUUGGAGCCCUAAAUAUGUCAAUAAUUCAUCAUAACAUUGAUUUUGAUUCCUUAUUAUUUUUGGAGCAGUGAUAGUUUUAAAAAAAUCACACUAUAAUUCUUGGGGAUCCAAAAGGGUCCCACUCAUAAAAAUGUUAAAAACAAGUAUUUUUUUAAUUAUUAAUAUUUUUUUCAGCGCUCACAGUAAAUCUGCAGAUCAACUUGAAAGUUAAAACAUUUUUUCAAUGUCUGAUGCCCUUUUUGUCAAUGAAAACCCUGUUUUUUUUAUGGCAGAAACACAAAAUAUGCCAAAUUUCCUUCCCCCCUAAAAAUGUAAAGUGAAUAUUUGAUGUGAAGUAAUUGGAGCCCUAAAUAGGUCAAUAAUUCAUAACAACAUUUAUUUGGAUUCAUUUAUAGUUUUGGAGCAAUGACAAUUUAAAAAAAAAUCACACUAAAACUAUAGGGGAUUCAAAAAGGUCCCACUCAAACAUUUUAAAAACAAGUCUUUUUUUUUUUUUUGUAUUAUUAUUUCAACGCUUACGGUAAAUCUGUAAAUCGACUUCAGUUCUAUCUGUCGAUACAAAGUUAAAACAUUUUAUUUUUAGAUUUAUGCACUUUUUGGCAAAGAAAACACAGAUUUUCAUGGAAAAAACACAAUAUAUGCAAAAUUUUCCCCCCAAAAAUGUAUAAGUCAAUAUUUGAUGUGAAGUAAUUGGAGCCUUAAAUAGAUCAAUAAUUCAUAAUAUAUUGAUCUGCAUUAAUUAUUAUUUUUUGGAGCAAUGACAGUUUAAAAAAUAAAUAAAAAUCACACAAAAAUUCUUGGGGAUCCAAAAGGGUCCCACUCAUAAAAAUGUUAAAAACAAGUAUUUUUUUUAUUAUUAAUAUUUUUUUCAACGCUCACAGUAAAUCUGCAGAUCAACUUGAAAGUUAAAACAUUUUUUCAAUGUUUGAUGCCCUUUUUGUCAAAGAAAACCCUGUUUUUUUUAUGGCAGAAACACAAAAUAUGCCAAAUUUCCUUCCCCCCAAAAAAUGUAAAGUGAAUAUUUGAUGUGAAGUAAUUGGAGCCCUAAAUAGGUCAAUAAUUCAUCAUAACAUUGAUUUUGAUUCAUUAUUAUUUUUGGAGCAGAGAUAGUUUAAAAAAAAUCGCACUAUAAUUCUUGGGGAUCCAAAAGGGUCCCACUCAUAAAAAUGUUAAAAACAAGUAUUUUUUUUUAAUUAUUCAUAUUUUUUCAACGCUCACAGUAAAUCUGUAGAUCAACUUGAAAGUUAAAACAUUUUUUCAAUGUUUUAUGCCCUUUUUGUCAAAGAAAACCCUGUUUUUUUUAUGGCAGAAACACAAAAUAUGCAAAAUUUCCUCCCCCAAAAAAUGUAAAGUGAAUAUUUGAUGUGAAGUAAUUGGAGCCCUAAAUAGGUCAAUAAUUCAUCAUAACAUUGAUUUUGAUUCAUUAUUAUUUUUGGAGCAGAAAUAGUUUAAAAAAAAUCGCACUAUAAUUCUUGGGGAUCCAAAAGGGUCCCACUCAUAAAAAUGUUAAAAACAAGUUUUUUUUUUUUAUUAUUCAUAUUUUUUCAACGCUCACAGUAUAUCUGUAGAUCAACUUGAAAGUUAAAACAUUUUUUCAAUGUUUUAUGCCCUUUUUGUCCAAGAAAACCCUGUUUUUUUUAAUGGCAGAAACACAAAAUAUGCAAAAUGUCCUCCCCCAAAAAAUGUAAAGUGAAUAUUUGAUGUGAAGUAAUUGGAGCCCUAAAUAGGUCAAUAAUUCAUCAUAACAUUGAUUUUGAUUCAUUAUUAUUUUUGGAGCAGUGAUAGUUUAAAAAAAAUCACACUAUAAUUCUUGGGGAUCCAAAAGGGUCCCACUCAUAAAAAUGUUAAAACAAGUAUUUUUUUUAAUUAUUAUUCAUAUUUUUUUAACGCUCACAGUAAAUCUGCAGAUCAACUUGAAAGUUAAAACAUUUUUUCAAUGUUUUAUGCCCUUUUUGUCAAAGAAACCCCUGUUUUUUUAUGGCAGAAACACAAAAUAUGCCAAAUUCCCUUCGCCCCAGAAAAUGUAAAGUGAAUAUUUGAUGUGAAUUAAUUGGAGCCCUAAAUAUGUCAAUAAUUCAUCAUAACAUUGAUUUUGAUUCCUUAUUAUUUUUGGAGCAGUGAUAGUUUUAAAAAAAUCACACUAUAAUUCUUGGGGAUCCAAAAGGGUCCCACUCAUAAAAAUGUUAAAAACAAGUAUUUUUUUGUUAUUAUUAAUAGUUUUUCAAUGCUCACAGUAAAUAUGUAGAUCAACUUGAAAGUUAAAACAUUUUUUCAAUGUUUUAUGCCCUUUUUGUCAAAGAAAACCCUGUUUUUCUUUCGAUAAUGCCUUGGAGACUUUUAGUAUGUGCAAGUAACAUGAAACUGUAAUUGUUUGAUACUUGUUUAUAUUGACUAAUGUCACGUUUUAUUGUUCAAUGAGUAUUACCCGUGUCUAGCUGGUGCGCUAUUGUGUGCUUAGCUGUUGCAUAGCUGCGAGCUCCUAGUAGCCUAUGGCCUAUUGUAGCGUGAAUGGCUUUAGUAAAAUAGAAGAAAUAUUGUGCUUAUUGGAAGACAUUUAGAUGUUUGCAACGCCCAGUGGGCACGAUAAUUCAUGAAGUUGAAUGAUGCGGACACGUUUGUUACUCGAUACUUUCGAAUAUGCCUUGGAGACUUUUAGUAUGUGCAAGUAACAUGCAACUGUAAUUGUUUGAUACUUGUUUAUAUUGACUAAUGUCACGUUUUACUGUUCAAUGAGUAUUACCCGUGUCUAGCUGGUGCGCUAUUGUGUGCUUAGCUGUUGCGUAGCUGCGAGCUCCUAGUAGCCUAUGGCCUAUUGUAGCGUGAAUGGCUUUAGUAAAAUAGAAGAAAUAUUGUGUUUAUUGGAAGACAUUUAGAUGUUUGCAACGCCCAGUGGGCACGAUAAUUCAUGAAGUUGAAUGAUGCAGACACGUUUGUUACUCGAUACUUUCGAAUAUGCCUUGGAGACUUUUAGUAUGUGCAAGUAACAUGCAACUGUAAUUGUUUGAUACUUGUUUAUAUUGACUAAUGUCACGUUUUAUUGUUCAAUGAGUAUUACCCGUGUCUAGCUGGUGCGCUAUCGUGUGCUUAGCUGUUGCGUAGCUGCGAGCUCCUAGUAGCCUAUAGCCUAUUGUAGCGUGAGUGGCUUUAGUAAAAUAGAAGAAAUAUUGUGCUUAUUGGAAGACAUUUAGAUGUUUGCACCGCCCAGUGGGCACGAUAAUUCAUGAAGUUGAAUGAUGCGGACACGUUUGUUACUGGAUACUUUCGAAUAUGCCUUGGAGACUUUUAGUAUGUGCAAGUAACAUGCAACUGUACUUGUUUGAUACUUGUUUAUAUUGACUAAUGUCACGUUUUAUUGUUCAAUGAGUAUUACCCGUGUCUAGCUGGUGCGCUAUCGUGUGCUUAGCUGUUGCGUAGCUGCGAGCUCCUAGUAGCCUAUAGCCUAUUGUAGCGUGAGUGGCUUUAGUAAAAUAGAAGAAAUAUUGUGCUUAUUGGAAGACAUUUAGAUGUUUGCAACGCCCAGUGGGCACGAUAAUUCAUGAAGUUGAAUGAUGCGGGCACGUUUGUUACUGGAUACUUUCGAAUAUGCCUUGGAGACUUUUAGUAUGUGCGAGUAACAUGCAACUGUAAUUGUUUGAUACUUGUUUAUAUUGCCUAAUGUCACAUUUUAUUGUUCAAUGAUUAUUACCCGUGUCUAGCUGGUGCGCUAUUGUGUGCUUAGCUGUUGCGUAGCUGCGAGCUCCUAUUAGCCUAUAGCCUAUUGUAGCGUGAAUGGCUUUUGUAAAAUAGAAGAAAUAUUGUGCUUAUUGGAAGACAUUUAGAUGUUAACUGUCUGUGGCAUGGCCGUCAAAAUCAUUUGUUGUUGUUGUUGUUGUAGCUGUAGUUAUAGUUGUAGUAGUAGUAGUAGUAGUAGUACAUCGAGAAGAGCGAUGCAUGCUUUUAUGUUAGCCUCCAAAAGUGUCAAAUAGGACCCAAAUAAAUCGCUGUAAUCUGUAGGAGUCUGAAUGUAAAGCUGCAUCCCUCUUGCUAUGUCUUCUUAUUCUCUGGCAGAUCAAGCACGUACAAGGUGUGUUAAGGUGCCAUCUACUGUACAAAGCUAGAAUGACCAGCUACAUUCACCAACAGUCCCAUUAUUAUGUGUUCGAUAGUGCCAGGUUGAAUGAAGGUAAGGGAAACACUGCACAAUACAAGGAAACACCGUGCAGUGCUUCUUCAUGGCCACCAGGGGUGCAGUUGUACUAAAGUCUUACAUUCUCAGGUUUUUACGGGCUCUUUCCUUUUUUUCUGCGUACUCUACACAAAAGCGUUAAACCUUGCUGGUGUUUUGUAAUUUGUUUCCUAUUCAAUAAAGAAUUGUCCGGAGAAAGCAGAGGUCUUUUGAUUAUUUAUUUCGAGGACUCAAAUCAUAGCCGUUUACGGAGACGCAAGUCUACGCGGCUUGGAGGGAAGAACAAAAUAGAGCGAGAAAAAGGAACAGAGAAAGUUCCGGACCCUUAUGUCUGCUUUGGGAAUGAGAGGAAUGUUUUGGUUUUGCUUAAACGUUGGGGAAGGCAGUAAUACAGCAUCAAUCACAAAAUAAAUCAAUUUUGAAAAUAAUUUCUAACUGAAAUACGAAUACAAUAAGGG